AUGACGAGUGGCGAAAAUAUACCAGAUGACAAGCCGGUCCGAGCCGAAUUAGCUGACGGCCCGGCUUCGCUGUGCCCAGACGGGGAGGACCCCGGAGCGGCGCCGAGACACCGGACCCAUGCCGGAGGUAAAGAGCUGCAUAAUAAGACAAAAUGGACCAUUACCGCCAUUGUUGCCUUGGCCGCUGCUGGUGCCCCUAUGGGAUCUGGUAUCUUUCUCCCUGCCCUUCCUGGCAUGUCGGUUGAUCUGAACGUCUCCGAGACGGUCACCAACUUGACAAUAUCCUUUUAUUUGUUGGCCAUGUCCAUAUUUCCACUGUGGUGGUCCUCAUUUUCCGAGACACUCGGGCGCCGGACGAUUUACAUCGUCUCCUUCUCCCUCUUUCUUGUCUUCUCCAUCGUCAGCGCCGUAAGCGUCAACAUAUCCAUGCUUCUCGUCAUGCGCAUUCUCGGCGGCGGCGCUUCCGCAUCUGUUCAAGCCGUGGGCGCCGGCACCAUCGCCGACAUAUGGGAGCCUGCGAACCGAGGCCGGGCCAUGGGCAUCUUUUACCUCGGUCCACUGGUCGGUCCGCUCUGCGCGCCCAUCAUCGGCGGCGCCCUAACCCAAGGCUUCGGUUGGCGCGCGACAAUGUGGUUCCUUUCCAUCUACGGCGGCGUCAUGCUGCUGAUGCUGCUCUUCUGUCUCCCCGAGACCCUCGCCAGACCAUCACCAUCACCACCACCACCCGCAACUACAACCACAACCACAACCAGCAACGAACCAACCGACCCCCUCCAGCGCGUCUCAACAACCCAAUCCAUCAAACACCGCACCGUCAACACCGUCGCCCUCCUCAAGCGCUUCUUCAUCGACCCCCUCUUGGUCGUAGUCUACCUCCGCCAACCUCCCGUCUUCAUCACCGUCUACUCGGCCUCCAUCGCCUUCUUCUCCCUCUUCAUCCUCAACAUCUCGAUCCAAUCGACCUUCUCCUCCCCGCCCUACUCCUUCCCGCCCAUCCCGCUCGGCGCCUGCUACCUGGCCCCCUCCCUGGGGUACGUGCUCGCGUCGGCCUUCGGCGGCCGCUGGAUCGACUACAUCAUGGCGCGCGAGGCCCGCCGCGCCGAGCGCUACGACGAGCACGGCAAGCUGCUCUACCUGCCCGAGGACAGGGCCAAGGAGAACAUGUGGCUGGCCGCGACGCUGUACCCGGCCGCCAUGGUCUGGUACGGCUGGACCGCCGAGGAGGGCGUGCACUUCAUGGUGCCGAGCCUGGCCAACUUUAUGUUUGGCCUCGGGAGCAUGCUGGUGCUGGGGGUCACUACCACGAUGCUGACCGAGUUUAUGCCUCAGCGGAGCAGCAGCGGCAUCGCGCUGAACAACUUUGUGCGGAACAUCUUCUCGUGCGUCGGGAGUGUUGUUGCGCAGCCGUUGAUCCAGGCGAUGGGGAAUGGGUGGCUGUGUACGAUGGUGGGCUUGUUUGCGCUGCUGACGGGGAAUGUGGCCGUGUGGGCGCUCAGGAGAUACGGUGCAAGGUGGAGGGAGGAGAUGGACAGGCAGUUGAAUCAGGGGAGGUAA